GCAAUGUGUCACUGUUCCCAAAUGAGUGAAUCUCAACCAUUGCGCAAACGUAGUGGGGGAAACAAGACAAGGCUGAAACAAAAGCACGUACUGGCUGGCCAGCUUGCGUGGCGAUCAUCAUCCGGGUCUUGGUGAGGUCCAGUGGAAACGUGCAUGUCUCAGCAGCCACUGCCGAAAACGCCGACAAGGCAAACUUGGUUGCCAUCGCCGCAGUCGGGUGUGGGAGUUGUUGUUGUUGCUUUGUUGUGUGUUGUUUGUGUUCAGCAGGAGGUGUGGUUUUGCCAAUUGUUCUCGGAGGAGCCGCAAUUUGCAAAACGCACACAGACAGGAGAAGGAGGGAGUGAAGAAGCGAUGGAUCAACCAAGGCCGCCUCAGCUGAACAAGCAGGAAGUGACUGCCUUCUUCACAGCACAAUGCAACGCCAUGAACAAGAGCGAACUCCUCCAAACAUGGACACCGAAGCGUGACCUCCUGCCACAGACUGGUCCAGGAUUUGACCCAAGCGUGCUUGCAGACUAGCUGCAACACACGCACGCACACACACAUACACACACACACACACGCGUGCGCGCACACAUCUCUGUGACUCGAGUGCAUGUGGUUCGUUCACGUUGCGAUCGUCUCCCCACCUUGCGACCAUCUCCUGUCCACCCUCGCCCCCUGCCCUCCCCCAAUGUUCCCUCUCUGCUCUGCGCCUCUUAUCGACCGUUCAGUGCAUCGUGCACACGUGCGUGUAUUGCGUCAUUUACUUCUCUUCUUCUCUCUGGUCAAUCAGCACGUAUGUACAUGGUCAGCAUAUAGAUAUGGAGGAAGUAUUCGC